AUGCACCAAGGAAACCAAACUAUCUCCGAAUUUUUCCUCCUGGGACUCUCAGUGGUGUCUGAACAGCAGCAACACAUCUUUACGCUGUUUCUGUGCAUGUAUCUGGUUACGAUAGUGGGAAACUUACUUAUCAUCCUGGCUAUUAUCAAUGAUGCUCACCUCCACAGCCCCGUGUACUUCUUCCUUGCCAAUCUAUCCUUCACUGACAUCUGCUUCACAACCACUACCAUCCCAAAAGUGUUGGCAGACAUCCAAAGCCAGAGCCUAAUCAUCUCUUUUGCAGGGGGCUUUACACAAAUGUACUUUUUUAUGUUGCUGGUGGACCUGGACAAUUUCCUCUUGGCAGCCAUGGCAUAUGACCUGAAUAUUGCCAUCUGUCACGCAUUACACUAUGCUGCAUUACUGAGUCCCAAGGGUUGUAUCCUGCUGGUAGUGACUCCAUGGGUUGUCUCUAAUCUUGUUUCAGUACUGCAUCUCAGUCUGCUGGGCCUCUUGAAUUUCUGUGAUCAGAGAGAAAUCCCACACUUCUUCUGUGACCUGGAAACCAUGUUAAGGCUUGCUUGUUUAGACACCCAGAUCAAUGAUUUGACAAUCCUAGUCAUUGGGGGAUCAGUUAUCUUCAUCCCAUUCACCUUCAUUUUUGUCUCCUAUUCCCUUAUUGGUUGCACUGUACUUAGGAUUCCUUCAGCCAAGGGGAAGUGGAAAACAUUCGCCACUUGUGGCUCCCAUUUCUUAGCUGUGGCCCUCUUCUAUGGAUCCAUUGUUGGGGUCUACUUUCCUCCGUCUUCUGCCUACUCAGCAGAAAGGGAUAAGGUGGUGGCCAUCAUGUAUACAGUUGUAACUCCCAUGAUGAAGCCUUUCAGCUAUAGUCUAAGGAACAAGGACAUGAAAGGAGCACUGAGGAGACUACUCAUCAGGGAAAUCUAUUUCUGGAGAUGGUGA